AUGAUCUUCGACACUCCUUAUGUUGAACGCAAUACUGGCCACGAUUGCUUCAAGCUCACCGGAGGAAAACCGCCACCACGGUCUUGGUGCCCUCAACCAGGGGAUGUUGUGGGCAGCAAAGACUGCUCUAGUUGCAUCCAAGACGCUGCAAAGCAAAUCCGCAAGCGCUGUCCAGACCAGGCAGAUGCUCGAAUUUGGUAUGACUAUUGCUUCUUGAGGUACAACAACAAGAGCUUCAUUGGGAAAGUUGAUACAUCUUAUGGUAUAUUGUACGGGAAUGUCGAUAAUGUGACCGAUCCCGAGAGCUUCAACAAAGAACUAGGAGCUCUGGUGGACAAGAUUGAGGCACAAGCUGUUGUGCCAAAGAAUGAAGGACUUGGGAAAGGUGAGACCAAGCUGUCACCAUUUUUGACACUAUAUGCUUUGGUGCAGUGCACAAGGGACUUGUCUCAGCUAGACUGUUCUCAGUGCUUGGCCAUUGCAGUGGGAAAUUUCGGAACCUUUUGUGACAACCGCAAGGGUUGUAGAGUUCUAUAUAGCAGCUGUUAUGUCAGAUAUGAGCUCUAUCCAUUUUUCUUCCCUCUUGAUUCAAACAAAACCCUGCCUGUGGCUGAUAAUACUUUAAUGGCUGUAGUUUAUGAUCCAUAG